AUGAAGGUAAGUCCAGUGCAAUGCGUUCUUAAAAAGAGUGGCAUCACUGUGGUUAGCAACGAAAAAGAUGAAUUAAUUCCUACACGCAUUCCUACAGGAUGGCUUGCUGGAAGAGCCUAUUAUUGCUUCUUGAAUAUUCUGGGUACAAUCAAAUUGCUAUUUCACCGGAGGAUCAAGAGAAAACAACUUUCAUCUGUCCCUUUGAUUCUAGAGGUUUUUAUGGAUGAUUUCUCAGUUUAUGGGAAUGAUUUUAAUCAUUAUGCUUACAAUUUGGAUAAAAAAGACAAGGAUUCAAGGGACAUUGAGGAAUGUAUGCGACGGAUUGAUAGCCUGGUCGAGGAUGACUUCAUUGUUGGUCAAGAGGCACCUACUAUUGAAGAUGAAGUUGAUGUGGGAGAGGAGGAAGUCCGUGUUGUAGUUGUGAACAAGAAGGUCGAGGAAGAAAAUACUGAGAAAGAAUCUGCUAAUAACAUUUUCAAUGCAUCUGAGAUUGUGGGUGCAACUGCUGAUAAUCUAGAGUGA